AUAAAAAUAAUUAAUUAAUGGAGACUCAACACGUAGCACUGGAAAGAUUAGGUGAAGCCCACUGUGAGGAUCUAACCGAUGAGGAAUAUGCAGAAGUCACUAUCAAAGCAUUGAAACAUACUUGCAUACUUAAGGUGCCAAGGAGCUGGGUUGGCAUCGACCUCAAAUGCCAUCUGAUGAAGCACCAUCCUUGUAAACCUGAGCUGAAGACUAUGAAGCUGGUUAUUUCAGCAAAGUCAGUACAUGAUGGCGAUAGUAUGGAUGAACUGCUUAAGAAGAAUUGGAAGGAAUCACCCAUUACGCUUUAUAUUAUUGAUCCAAAUAUGACUCCUCCUGCUAAAGAAGAGCCAAACUCUUCUAUCUUUAAAGCUAUGAAGGUUAUCUCAGACCAUCAUGAUGAGCAAAAGAAAGAAGAGGAGGCCAAGAAGGUUGAAGAGAGAAAGAAGGAGAAUAUGAAAAAGAUUACUCUUCCAAGGUCAAUAUACUUCCCUCAUUCGUGUACCUUCUUGUUUGUGUUUCUCUUCAUGAUGUUUAAUAAUGCUAAUACCACAUUUAUGUUCUCCCUCGUCCUAGUGGCAUUGCCUUACUUAUAUUUUGAAGUGAAAAAGAACAUAAAUGCCUUCUGUGAUAAGAAAUUAAGAGAGCUUAAUAUCCCAUAUGAGAGCGAGUCACAAAGAGAAGCCAGGGUGAGAGAGCAGGCAGUCCAUGAACGUAUCAAAGCCAAUGCCUGUAAACCUUCGUGGGACGAAGAGGAGCUCGAGAGAAAGUAUUCCUGGCCUGAGACCAUCAAAGGCCUUAUUUACUACUUCUUUGCAUCCUUUUUCCCAGAUUAUAUCGAGAAAGAACUAGAUAUCUUCCAGAGAGAAUAUGAACUACUUCAGACUAAGAAAAAGAUAAGAGAGAAGAAGAGGGACUUUGAGAGGAGGAAAAAGGAGCUAGAGGAGAAGAAAAUGCAAGAUAUAAGAGAUAAAAUGAAGGUUGAUGUCCAACAAGAGCUUAGUAAGACCCUUAGUACUCCUGUUCAACAACCUUCUAUGGGCGAUCAGCCAUUAGAUGGUGAUGGUGAGUAAAUAUUUUAAGCUAUUCAACAGCAGUGUAAAAUAAA